CAAAAUGUUAUAAUUCUCGAAUUCCCAAAUUCCCACAUCCCCAUAUCACCACCAACCAGAUUCGGGAUAUUUCCUUGCACAAAGACCGAGUUGGCCAUUGCCAUGCCCAUGAAUCUCGAUCCCACUCGCCCACCCUCGGUCGUCUCGUCUGGCGGUGCUAUACACCUUGCAUCUCUUCCCGCGAGCCCCGCUCCCGAGAAUGACACCCCGCCCUCCCACGCGGUCACCGUCGCCCUGCGAUGGAACGGGUCAAAGGCUAUGAUCUGGAGAGUACUGGCCACCUUCUGGAGCGCACUGGUCAUGGGCGCCAAUGAUGCAGCAUAUGGGGCGAUAAUCCCUUACCUCCAGCUCGCCUACGACAAGAGCUAUACUAUAAUCUCCCUUAUGUUCCUGUCCCCAUUCCUGGGCUACACUAUCUCCGCGGUCGUUAUUAAUCUGAUCCACCAGCGCCUGGGUCGUCGCGGCGUGGCGUUUAUCGGUCCAGCAUGUCACUUGCUUGCUUUUGCCGUCAUCUCCACACGUCCCCCCUUCCCGGUGCUGGUGAUCAUGUACAUCUUUGUCGGACUGGGUAGCGGGAUCCAGAAUGCCGGGUGGAACGUAUGGAUCAGCAGCAUGGCCAAUUCUCACGAGGUCCUCGGAUGCUUCCACGGAUUCUAUGGCAUCGGGGCUACAGUGAGUCCGCUGAUUGCGACUAGCGUGAUCACGAAAGCUGGCUGGGAAUGGAACUCAUACUAUCACCUUCUGACGGGGACGGCGGCGCUUGAACUCGUCAUUGCCACCAGCGCCUUCUGGGCGGAGACUGCAUCCAGGUAUCAGCAGGAUCAUCCCUCUUCUGCGAGUCGAGAGCGCGGUGGAAGCUCGCUCCACCAGACCCGACUCUCACUCACGUACCGAGCCACCUGGAUCUGUUCUCUCUUUCUCUUCCUUGUCCGCCACGGCAGCUCCUUUGCAUCGGGCAUGGCUGGAACGGGCUUCUGGCUCGGCGUUACGCUGGGCCGCUUUGUGCUGGGGUUCGUCACCCCUCGCAUUGGCGAGAAACGAUCGAUUAUCCUGUACAUUUUGCUUGCCAUUGCGCUGGAGAUGGUCUUCUGGCUGCACCUGCAUGUCGCCGCCAUUGGGUUUGCAGCUGCGUUCUCGAUGGGCGGGGGAGCCGUCUUCCCUUUCGCGAUCGGAGCGAUCGCACAGGCCAAGGGAGUGACAGUCCUGCAGCCCAUCUUAGUGGCGAUGUUGGCGGUUGCGCUGUUGAUCUGGGGGACGGUACUGCGAGCUCCGGUCCCGCAGUCACAGCAUGAGGUUUGA